UACAUAUCAAUAAUUCAUAAAUAAUAAUGGCCUCCCCUUAUUCUUCUUCUUCUUAUUCGUCUUCCUCGCGAAAUUGGAUGUCAAAUUUGUCGUCAAAGUCCUCGCUUAACUUGGAUCUCAACAUUCAUCUCCCCACGCAUCAUGAUAAGGAAGAAGUGGAUGUUGUUGGUAGCAAUAGUUGGGAGAAGGAGCUUAAUAGGAUGAACCAUGAGCAGGAAAAACUUACGGAAGAUUUGAUUAAUAUGCGCGACAACUUCAAGUCACUCCAAGCCCGGUACUUGAAUUUGAAGAAGAGAAAGUUUGACGGCGAUAUAGUUUCGGAGAAGAUUAUGAUUAUGGGAAAUGAUAACGAAGAUCCUUAUUGUAAACCAUGUUGUAAUAUUGAUCCAUGGAUGAUGAAAACCCCGAGGCAAGUGAUCAACAAGACAAGUGUUACGAGGCGAAUUGACCCUCUAGAUCAAAACAACCUAGCUAUUGAAGAUGGAUAUCAAUGGAGAAAAUAUGGGCAGAAAGUUACUAGAGACAAUCCAUCACCUAGAGCAUACUACAAGUGUUCUUUUGCACCAAACUGCCCUGUCAAAAAGAAGGUGCAACGUAGCCUUGAUGACCCGUCGCUUUUGGUGGCAAACUACGAAGGUAAACAUAACCAUGACCCCCCUAAUGAGCCCAAAGUAUUGUUGAGUUUGAGCCCGACUGCUUCCAUUUUGCCUCCAAAGACACCACCGCCGAGAGCCACUCGGGUGGAACUCGGGUCAUGUGGUAUCGACAUCAGAAAACCCGAUUUUAAGCUUCAAAAAGUUUUGGCUGAAGAAAUGGCUUCUUCCUUGGUACAAAAUGAUAGCUUCGCGGAAGCGCUUUUUGCUGCCAUUUAUAGUAGGAUAAGGGAUCAUUAACACCGCAUUAAAAUUAUAAAAAGAAUAGAUAAGCAUUUCUUAAUAUUUAAGAGUAAAACAUGCGCCUUUUUUCAUUUUUCUUUGAGUAAAUUAUCAUUGUGACCUUCUCCAUUGAUUGAAAAUUUUAGAUCCUUAUUGAAUCGCCUACACGAUUUAAUAAAGUUCGAAAAUUUAAAUUAAUUGAAGAGGUCUUGUAAUAAUUUGCUCAAAGAAAAAGUUUAUGUACAAAUUCGGUCUUAAAAAUAGUAUUAUGGCUUAUUUGCUUCUUUAGAAAAGAGUUAUAUAUAUAUGUAUGUGUGUGAGAUAUUUUAUUUUAAUAAUUGAUACUCUUGUGAGUGCAUUCAUAUUGU